GCCAAAAGCAGCAAGUGAAAGAAGAAUAUUCCCAACUUUAAAAGAUGAAAAUCCAUGUUGGCGCUCCUCUCCUCACUCUAGCGAUUUUCUUCAGUUUAAUUGAAUUAAGUUCACAGUACAAUAAAGAUAUUCUUGGGCCCGAAGAUAUGUCUAUUCCGGAUUACCUGGACAUCGUUUACACUAUAACGGAUGAUUUAGAUGUAGUGGCACAUGAUGGGCACAAUAAAGUAGUUUACGGGCUAAUGCACGUUGGUGCUACACCUGCUGAGAAUAGAGUGGUUUGUGCAUUAGAAAGAGAUGGAGAGAAAUUUUGGGCGCGUAAAUUAAUGGUACAAGGCGAACAAGUUACGGUGGAUGCGGCCAAUUUUUAUUCUUGGACUGACCAAGACACAAAGUCAUAUCAAAUCGAAUUUGACAAAGUGAUUUCGUAAAAGAAUAUUUGACAUUUCUGACUGCACAUCUGUUUUUAUGUCGACACUCGUCCUCGCUCAAGGAGAAACCAAUAUUUCCUUUUUUUCCCAACAGCAGCGCCACCUACUGUACAGCAGUUGGGCGUAGGCUUGGUACAGUUGUCAUCAAAGAGCUUAUACAGAUAGAGUAGGCAUGCCCGUAAGUGGGAACGUCCACGGUUAGAAAGAGAGAGACGAUUGCGUUGGGUUGCUAUCUCUCUCUUUCAUAGCGUACUGCGCACGCGCGCAGCGCUGGUAUAACGGUCAAACUUUAACCUAUGUAUCUCAAUGUUAUUGUUAGCAGUAUAGCUGCGAACCAAAGAUUGUUGGGCUGUAUAUGUUUAUUUAAUAUGACUAUUAAUUGUUGUCUGUGUAAGAAGGAAUCAAUACCUGGAGAUAAAAGUCGUAGUUUCCACAAGUAUCAUACAUAUACGUUAACGAUUAAUGACAUAAACAAGCGAUUCAAUUCACGGGUGAACGUUAAUGAGGUCAAUGCGCAUGCUCCAGUAGACAAAGACAGCAACCCAACGCAAUCGUCUCUCUCUUUCUAACCACUGACGCUCCCACUUGCCGCGCGCCUUUAGCAUACCUACUCUAUCUGUAUAAGCUCUUUGGUUGUUAUACUUAUUUUGGCGUAUCGGACGACCCAAACUAGUUUUCCCAAAUAGAGUGUGGUAUUGAUACGCAUGCGUGAAUAAACGUUUUCUAUUGGCUCUGUUUGACGCAUGCGCAGUGGUGCACUGGUCCAUCUUUGGUAGCUCUUAGCUAAACGGCGCAGCAAGAAUGCGAAAUGAAUGAUUAACAUUCGUCCCAACGAAUAUCACAACUGGUGUGCUAGUAAAUACCUACAAAUGCUGUCGAGAAAUUCUUUUCGCGCUCCUAGUUCCUAAUUUUGUAUUGAAAUUAUAACAUUUGGACAUUAUUUUUUCUUAGUUUCGUUUUAAAUUACUCUUCUAUUCUUAAGUUAAAAAUAUUCUGUGAUUCGUGUGUUGAGUGUAUAAUUGCAAGUAGUAAUAAUAUUGGUGUAAAUUAAUUAUAACAUUUGUAUUCGACUUCGCCAAAAAACAAUAUUUUCUAAUGAGAAAAAUGUACCUGAGCAUUAAAGAAAUAAACGGAUUAAUAUGACAGA